UAUAUAGGGAAAUAUGUAACUGUUCAGGAGAGUAAAAUGGUCCUUAGGCCAUUAACGUCAAAAUCAAAGGGCUGGCGAAACAUUUUCUAUCAUUGUAUAUUAGUUUAAAGGUCUUUUUUUAUCUAGUAUGUUACACUACGAAAAGUUGACAUGGAAAUGUUAACAUUGUAAAAUUAUCUUGACAGUCUGCCUCAAUAUAUCGUGUACGUCUGAAGAUGACAUGGUAAAUUGAGCAUGAAUUUGCUCGUCUGCAACCGAUCCGAUUUGUCUGUAACAUUCUGAUUCAAGAUGUAACAGCACUUAUACAAGAUCAAUUUCAUUCAAUAGGUUCAUAUUGUUCAAAAAAGUUCGCAAAGACAUGUAAUACACACUGUAAACAUAUAUUCAAUCAUGCAUGUAAUUGUAAUUUGAAAAUUCAAAUAUUUUUUGUUAAAAAAAUUACGCUUACUUAAUUUGUAGUGCAUUUCAUUAUGAUGAAUUAAACAAAUGUUGACCCAUUUCAUACUGACUGUUUCACACGGUGAUUCAUGUGCAGGAGAGCCCAUGGCUUGAUGACUUCUCUUGCGUUUGUCACAGGAGCUGUGAAUAACACUUUUGACUUCAGGGUUAGUAUACAUGUGCAGUUAUACUGUGGUGCUGCAUUCAAUGUUCUGCUCUAUCAAGUCUGUUGCCUUUUAAAAGGAAUAUUUUUCAAAGAAGGAUGAAAGUGUUUUGUACCUACUGAGACAUCGAAAAAGGUUGUGAAGUAUCAACGGAAGGUUAAUAAUGCAUUUCUUAUUUGUGAUCCUUCUGAUCACGUUUGUCGAGUCUUGCCAGUGUGAAUCCCUGCUGGUUAUCACAUGGGCAAAUGAUACCAGUCCGAAUAAUUUUCCACGAGAUGUACCUCGUGAGAGUAUAGGGAAUUGGAAAUUUAACGCCCGUAAACUAGAUCGGCAACAGUCGGCUUCUCCCGCUUGGAUUUCACGACGAAAUCAAACAUCCAGAACAGCAGGUUCUCAUAUCAGUAGGAAAAACGUGUAUCCCUCAAAUUGGAGUGGUGUGAGAACUUCAACAGGACAAAAAAGAAAUGAUGGUAGCUUUUUUCCUGGACGCUGGAAUUUAAGAAAUAUUUCGGUGCCAAGGGAAGACACCAGACAGAAAGCUCCCUCUAACACUGCAUCAUCUAAAUUUACGAAUGCUCAAAAGAGGCAGAUUGUGCAAUUGCACAAUGAAAUACGAAAAUCUGUUAUACCCAGAGCAUCAAAUAUGAAAAAAAUGAGAUGGGACAACACCCUUGAACAUUUGGCACAACAGUUUGCAGAGACGUGCUCGGGAACACACAAUGCCAAAAGACACAAGCAGAAGUGGGCGGACUUCAGAAAUGUGGGGGAGAAUAUUCACCAUACCUGGGAUUGGGUAGCAGAAUACAAAAACGGAGUCCUCGUCCAAAAGACACUUCCUCUGAACAUUUCCAAAGUCCUCCAUAGAUGGUGGGGGGAGAAAGAUAAAUAUGAUUACGAAAAACCCCAUAGCUGUUCAACGGGUUGUGGCCACUACAUACAGAUGGUAAAAGAUGUUUCGUAUGCCGUCGGAUGUGGGACUUCCUUUUGUAGGGAAGUGAAAGGACGCAACUAUAAAAAUGCACAUAUUUUUGUGUGUAACUAUGGAGAUGGGUAUAACGAAUCCCUUGAGCCAUAUGCAGAAGGUCCACCGUGUUCGGACUGCCCAACAGGACGCCCCGUGUGUAAUCAGGGCCUGUGUGAUGCACCGUGAAGAUACACACAGAUAUACAUAUGAAAUACAUUGUUUUAAAAUUACGUGUUCUUAUAUUUUGUCAUGUUUUGCUUAUUUACCCCCUCUGGCAUAGAAUGUUUAUGUUCUUUUACACCUGACAUAUAGAUAUGAAAUUGAUUUAAAAAUAAAAUGACCAGAAUUCUGGAUUUGCAAGCAAUGCUAAAGAAA